UUUGGCUGGCAGAUGCGACAGUAACUACACGUAACCGAUAUAGUGGGACCAUUAAAACACCGGGAGCCGGACAGCAGACACCAUGGCCAUUAAAUUCUUGGAGGUGAUAAAACCGUUUUGUGCAGUUUUACCUGAGAUCCAGAAACCAGAAAGAAAGAUUCAAUUUAGAGAAAAAGUGCUAUGGACAGCCAUUACCCUGUUCAUCUUCCUAGUGUGCUGCCAGAUUCCUCUUUUUGGCAUCAUGUCAUCCGACUCCGCCGACCCCUUCUACUGGAUGAGAGUCAUCCUUGCCUCCAACAGAGGUACUCUGAUGGAGCUGGGUAUCUCUCCUAUCGUAACCUCCGGUCUCAUCAUGCAGCUGCUGGCUGGAGCUAAGAUCAUUGAGGUCGGAGACACGCCCAAGGACAGAGCACUGUUCAACGGCGCCCAGAAACUGUUUGGCAUGAUCAUCACCAUUGGCCAGGCUAUCGUGUACGUGAUGACUGGCAUGUACGGAGAUCCCUCUGAAAUGGGUGCUGGAAUCUGCCUGCUCAUCAUUAUCCAGUUGUUUGUGGCUGGUCUGAUCGUGCUGCUGUUGGAUGAGCUGCUGCAGAAGGGCUAUGGUUUGGGCUCUGGUAUCUCUCUCUUUAUUGCCACCAACAUCUGUGAAACCAUCGUUUGGAAGGCCUUCAGCCCGACAACAGUCAACACAGGCAGAGGGACUGAGUUUGAGGGAGCCAUCAUCGCCCUGUUCCACCUGCUGGCCACUCGCACUGAUAAAGUGCGUGCUUUGAGAGAGGCUUUCUACAGACAGAACUUGCCUAACCUCAUGAACCUCAUCGCCACCGUUUUCGUCUUUGCUGUGGUCAUAUACUUCCAGGGCUUCCGUGUUGACCUGCCAAUCAAGUCUGCUCGCUACCGUGGCCAGUACAACACAUAUCCCAUCAAGCUCUUUUACACCUCCAAUAUUCCCAUCAUCCUGCAGUCGGCUCUGGUCUCCAACCUGUACGUCAUCUCUCAAAUGCUCUCCACACGCUUCAGUGGCAACUUCUUGGUCAACCUGCUGGGUACCUGGUCUGACGUGUCCAGCGGUGGCCCAGCCCGUGCCUACCCCGUCGGGGGACUGUGCUACUACCUCUCUCCGCCAGAGUCAUUCGGGUCGGUUCUGGAGGAUCCGGUCCACGCUGUUAUCUACAUUGUCUUCAUGCUGGGCUCUUGUGCCUUCUUCUCCAAGACCUGGAUUGAGGUUUCUGGGUCCUCUGCUAAGGAUGUUGCCAAGCAGCUGAAAGAGCAGCAGAUGGUGAUGAGGGGACACAGAGAGACAUCCAUGGUACACGAGCUCAACAGGUACAUCCCCACAGCUGCAGCUUUCGGGGGGCUGUGCAUAGGUGGGCUGUCUGUCAUGGCUGAUUUCCUGGGGGCCAUUGGCUCAGGAACUGGAAUCCUAUUGGCUGUCACCAUCAUCUACCAAUACUUUGAGAUCUUCGUCAAGGAGCAGAGCGAAGUGGGCAGUAUGGGUGCCCUGCUCUUCUAGAAAAGUUUUCCACAAUCACACCAGAUAGACACAACCUCUGCUCCUCAUCGAAUCUUUGUCUUUUUUUUUUUUGUUUUAUCUGACAUGCACAGUCAAUGCUCUGCUUCUUGGAUGCGCCUCUCUCUCCGCGUCGUUUUUUUUUUUUCUUUCUUUCUUUCUUUUGUUCUUUUUAAACACUCAGAAGCUCUGAGGGCUGAAGGCGCAGACUGGAGGACUCUGGGAAGGGAAGACAGCAUGAUAUCCCAGCAUUCAGCAUGGGAAUGCGCCCGUCCCCAAACACCCCCCCCCCCCACUUUUUUUUUUCUAUUUUUAUUAUUAUCUUUUAAUGACAUGAAUCCUCUCCUUGUUCCACCUCUCCAUUUCAACAGCCAAUGAACUGCCUGCUUGAUUUUUGUCCACCUUGAUUAUUGGUUAGGAGCACAACUGAUCUGGCACUGACCGUUCUUUCAGGUGUGGAUGUAUGCUGUAUGUUGGGGCAGAUCACUCCAAUGCCAGCAUGUCAGUCUGUGAGCUCAUGUGAUCUGUUAACAAUAUCGUCAGACCAUGGAAACUGUUAGGUGAUCCACUGUAAAUAAAGUUUUUUUCUGUUUUUUUUUUUUUUUUCUUAUGGCACAACCUUGAAUGUGAGAGGAUAUAAAUGUUCUUGUCUGUCUCGCUCUCUCUCUCUUUCUGUCUGUAAGGACUGUCAGUGUUAAAACACUUAGUGGUAUGUAUGAUCUGUGUGUGGAUGCGUUGGUAGAGAGGAGACAGCCAUGUUCCGUUUACUCCUGUUCAUUUUCAGUUCAGUUUGACCGUAAUGUUUGGUUAAAGUGUAUACAUACGCGUUAUGCUGUGGAGAGCAGUGUUUCUCUCUUAGGCUUUGAGUAUCCAUCAAGCUUCUAAUACUGCUGUCUUUUUCCAUUCAUUGUGUUUGUUUUUCUAAUUCAGUGUAGCCCACUCACACAGGUCUUAGAUGAGGUUUGUUAUUGCAUUUUUUGUGGUGAGGGUAUUUCACAAAGUGAGCUGGGUGAUCAUUUUUCCAUUAAAGAAAAAUUGCUGUAAACCCAUUUGCUGCCAUGCAGGUUUGAGUGAUUGAUUGACAGUUUUAUUCAACCAAUUAAUCAAUGCUUAUCUUUUAGAAGGCGGCUCCUGUGGAACAGAAAAUUCCACAGUGUUCCCAAUAGAAUGUUAGUGCGAAUCGGCCAGUUAAAUUGGAAUUCUAGCUUUGUGUAAUUCCCUGCGGAUUAAGGAAAAGAGAGGUGGUCAUUACUGACUUAUUCUACCUGACUGAAUUGCUACAGACACUGCCUAAUUGAAGGUUGGUGUGGAUGGAUCUGGUUUGUGAUGGAAAAAAAGGUUGUUUUGUUUUUUUUCUGUAUUUGACCUGGUAUUAAAAGAGAGAGUGUUUUUUGCCAACUCUUGGAGCUUUGAUUAUUGUAUAUAGCAAGUCCUGCCACGUAUUAUCCACGUUGGUUUAAUAGUCUCUUUUGGAGGUAUGAAAAACACUAUCAUGAACAAAAACAUUUGUUUAGGCGACGUUUCAAUAAACGCUUCUUUUGUGGGUGAAAAAAAA